UUAAAUAGAACUGAAAUGCCGCAGCCGAGUUCUAGAGAUGGCGACUGGACUUGCUACGAAGAUGAUUGCAAUGCUUCGAAUUUUGCUAGAAGAACAGAAUGUUUCAAAUGCGGAAAAGCGAGAGAUUUCAAGGCAUGGAAGAAAGAGAAAGCUAAAGAAAUUGGCGGAAGCGAAGCUAAGAAAAGCGGAGGGCUGUUUUCAGCCGAUGACUGGAGAUGUAACAAAUGCGGAAAUAUAAACUGGGCUAGAAGAAAUACCUGUAAUGUUUGCAAUGCCCCGAAAGUUGAAGAAGACGAGCGAACAGGAUUCGGAGGCGGAUUCAAUGAUCGACAAGACGUGGAAUAUAUUGAUCGAGAUUCAUCUGGAGAUGAAAUUGACGAUUUUGGAAGAAAAAAGAAGAAAUUCAGAUCGGUGAACGAGCAAUCGGAAGACGACGGCAAAGCUGUUAAAAAGGAAAACACGAUCCAAGAAGGCGAAGAGGAUGAUGAAGACGAAGAUGAAGGAGAUGCCUCCAAGUAUAAUUUAGACAGCGACAGUGAAGCAAACGAGGAUCCCGAAAAGAAAAAUGAUACUGUAGACACAAAAAAAAAAUCCCGAAGCCGUUCAUCUUCUUCAUCUUCCUCCUCAGACAGUUCUCGCAGCUCAAACUCUUCGAAAUCGUCAAGGAACAGAUCACGAUCGAGGUCAAGCAGAAGGAAGAGGUCACGAUCGAGGACAAGGUCAAGGUCGAAGUCACGAUCAAAGAAUGGGGAACGGAAGGACAAGAAAAGUAGCAGUGGAAGGAGUCGUAAACGAGGCAGUUCUAGGUCUAGAUCGAGAUCCAAAUCGGCUGGAAGUAGGAGAAAAUCAUCUUCCAAGUCCAAGCGAAGCAGGCAUUCAAGUCGAGAUCGUAGAAGAUGAUCUUGCCAAGAAUUACUUGCAUUUGAUCUCUGGCUGCACUACUUGGCCAUUCUCUAAAUUAAUUGACUGUGCUGAUUCGUUGGGGUAUUUGUCUUCGCCAAUCUCUGAAGCCUAUUUUGUAUUGCAUAAUAGAGUUGUUAAUAAAAAUGUUGUGGGAGA